ACAGGUGCUGGUGAUGGAAAAUGUCAAUUUGGAGGUGAAGUUAAUAUUUGUAAAUUAUAUUUUACCAAUGGUUUUAUUGGUUUCGUCUUUUGUGAUGUUUCGCAUGAACAACCUUAUUUGGUUAUCUGUGGUCAGUGACACAACAUUGAAUCAUAGUCCGUCUCAAUAAAUAGAGAAGGAUGAAUUUACAACCCCACACAAACACCGAACACCGGUGUUUACUACACAGAGCAAACAGUGCUUCAUCUAACUGCUGCUUCACUGUCAGGAGAAUGGAGACAGGACUCUAUGUCAACGUACCAGCUGAUGAAAGGAGGAACAGAAAGGAGAAAAGAGGGUCAACAGUGUACAGGUGGGUGGGAGUCAGCUUCGGCCUGCUGUGCAUCGUACAGUGCGCUCUUAAUGUUUCAUAUCGACUGCACGCUGCUGGUUGUGACAGCGUUACAACUCACAAUUUCACCUUGAAGUUAGCUGAUGACAUCCGAGUCCUCAUUUUAGAGAGAGACCAACUGGUUCAUGAGAGAGACCAACUGGUUCAAGAGAGAGACCGACUGGUUCAAGAGAAGGACCGACUGGUUCAAGAGAAGGACCGACUGGUUCAAGAGAGAGACCGACUGGUUCAAGAGAAGCACCAACUGGUUCAAGAGAGAGACCAACUGGUUCAAGAGAUGGACCAACUGGUUCAAGAGAGAGACCAACUGGUUCAAGAGAGAGACCAACUGGUUCGAGUGAGAGACCAACUAGAAAAAGAAAAGAGGGAGUUACGUGCCAAUACCAGACGCCUAAACGAUGACAUGAAGACUUUGGAGGAGAAGGUCAUCAAACUAGAAAGGAAACUUGUAAUAGCACAACAAAACGGCCCACGUUGUCCCUCCGGAUGGGACACACACAUGUCCUCCUGUUAUCAACUGUCUUCUAGUAUGAACACCUGGGAUUGUGCAGAAAGUGAUUGUGCAAGGAAAGACUCCAAUUUGGUGAUUUUGAAUGAUGAAGCAGAAGAGGAAGCUGUCCGUAGAUUCACAGGACCUGUCAAGAUAUGGAUGGGCGUGAGCGGCACGUAUGGGUACGCCUCCUCGUGGACGUGGACAUUGGUGGAUGGAAGCUCACUGUCUUAUGCGAACUGGAAUGAUCACAACCAAGAUUUUUUGAGUUGUUCCCACAGUUGUGCAUAUGUUGACCAAAGCUGGCACUGGAAGACGUGGUUUGUGGGCGCCUGUCAAGAUCAACACUAUUGGAUGUGCGAGAAGAAGCUGCUUAAAUAAAACCCACGGAACACAUCUGCAACCAGGCUCUCUGUCUAUCACACACUGCGUUUGGGUCCUUCCCUUGUUGCACACGUGACAUGUUCGCCAGCAAGAAAAAUCGUCCCAAGCACAAAAACAUACACUGUCAAUGACUUAAUUUGUGACAAGAACUGCUUGGGAGGCAAACCAAGUGACCAAAGCUGAGGGAAAGAUGUCAUGUAUGUAAUGUAUCCUUCAGCUUCCGCGUUGAUUUCAGUCGCAGUGUAGCGGACAUGUUUCCCGACUCUGCCAUCACAAGGAAGUCCUCGUCGGGGGAAACAAAAGCCACACAACUCAUCCAUCAUCAAAUAAAUUGAUAA